AUGGGAGGUGGAAGACUCACCGUCGACCUCUCUGGGCCGCCAUACGAGAUUGGCCUGAAACAUGGUCAGGUACUUGCCUCGCAGAUCCUGAGUCAGCUCCAUAUCUACCGCGGCAUAUUCGCGGACACCUGCAAGUACAAGUGGCCGCAGGUGCUCGGGAUCGCGGAGGAGUUCCGCGCGACUAUUCGCAGGCUGGCCCCAGACUUACUAGAGGAAAUGCGCGGCAUCGCGGACGGUGUUGGCAGGAGUGACGUAGGGCUGCUGGACAUCGUCGCACUUAACGCGCGGAGCGAGAUAGCCCUUGGGAAGUGGGAUGACGGCUGCACCGCGCUAGCUUGGAGGCUUGGCGCAUCUGGGAAGCAGCUGCUCGCGCAGAACUGGGACUGGCGGGUGUCUGUGGGCGACAACCUCGCGCUCAUGUCCAUCCGGCGCAUCGGAAGGCCGACUAUCUGGAUGGUCACCGAGCCUGGGAUCGUAGGCAAGAUUGGGUUCAACUCGUCCUCCGUGGGCGUUUGCCUGAACGCUAUACGCGCUCGGCCAAUCUCGACAGACCUCCUCCCCAUUCACUUGCUGCUCCGUACCGCGCUCGAGUGCGAGUCUGUGGACUCGGCGAUUGCUACGUUCGAGAAGCUCGGAGGCGCCGCGUCAAGUCAACAUAUCCUCAUUGCGGACGCCAACGGAGCGCGCGGGCUGGAGCUGUCACCGAGAGGUGGGGUGUACCUGCGUGAGGACGAGGACGGCCUGAUUGUCCACACGAACCACUUCCUCGCGAACAAGCUCGUCGACGAGCCACCGUGGUUGUCUGGCUCGCCCUUCCGUCUCGAGAAGGCCCGCGCGCUCUGUGGUUCGAUCGUGGAGGAGGUAGGCCUGGUGGGUCUUGGGGACUUCGUGGGCGCUGCCCUGCUGCGUAGCCGCGUGUUCGCCAAUACGGAGAACUCCCCACAGGCGAUAUGCUGCUCGCCGGAUCCUGCGCGGGGGCCCCUCGCGAAGAUAGAGACCCUAUUCAACAUCGUUAUGAGCUUCGAGGAUGGAAAAGUGCCGAAAGCGGAGGUAGUAUUCGGGAGACCUGGAAGUGGUGCGGAGACCAGGGUAUAUAACAUGCCCUGGUAG